UUAUAGUUUAUUUUUAAAAAGUUAAAUUAUGCUUAUAUGUGUAUAUAUUUAAGAUUUAGAAAUUUAAAAAUAAAUUGAUUUUUACUAAUUUUAUUAGAUCUACUCUAUAUAUUUAAUACGUAUGUGUUUGAAAGAUAAACGAUUAAAAAAUAAAUACAAUUAGUAUAAACGUUAAAGGACCUGAAAAAAAAAAAAAAUAAUUAAUAAGCUUAAUAGUUGUUGCAUUGUGUUCGAUGAUUUCGCAUGUAUCUGGGUCAGCUUUUGGAUCUUCUCAAUAUUUACAUCAUUCUAUUCCAAAGACUCAACAGCAAAUGAUUUAUGAUACAUUUAAUACCACAAAUUUUCCACUUUCUAGGACUAGUCCAGGGUUUGGAACUUCUGUAGCAUUUGGAAAUACAUUUUUAGGUGCUCGUGGGGAUGAUGGACAUCAAAAUUUACCUGACAAUGUAAAAAUGUAUAAUUGGAUUAUAGAACUUAUAAGUGGGAGUGUUGGAAGAGAGCAUGCUCUCCUUGAAUUAAGUAAGAAACGUGAACAAUUUGAUGAUCUUGCUUUUAUUUUAUGGCAUUCUUUUGGUGUAAUGACAAGUUUGCUUCAAGAAAUUGUUUCAGUCUAUCCUCUUUUACUUUCUCCACAGCUUACAUCACAUGCUUCAAAUCGCGUGUGCAAUGCUCUUGCUUUACUACAAUGUAUUGCAUCUCAUAAUGAAACACGAACUCUUUUUCUUAAUGCUCAUAUUCCUCUUUUUUUAUAUCCUUUUAUGAGUACUACAUCUAAAUCUCGGCCAUUUGAAUAUUUGAGAUUGACAUCAUUGGGUGUUAUUGGAGCUUUGGUAAAAAAUGAUUCUACUGAAGUAAUAAAUUUUUUGCUUUCUACUGAAAUUAUUCCUCUUUGUCUUCGUAUUAUGGAAACAGGUUCUGAAUUAAGUAAAACUGUUGCUAUCUUUAUUGUACAAAAAAUAUUAACUGAUGAUAUGGGUCUUGCAUACAUUUGUCAAACAUAUGAAAGAUUUUAUUCAGUGGGUACUGUUUUAAGUAACAUGGUGAGUCAACUUGUUGAAAAUCAAGUUCAUCGUCUUUUAAAGCAUGUUGUUCGAUGUUAUUUGCGAUUAAGUGAUAAUCCAAGAGCUCGUGAAGCUUUGCGUCAGUGUUUACCUGAACCUUUAAGAGAUGCUACAUUUUCAAAUAUACUCAAGGAUGAUUUAUCUACGAAACGUGCAUUAGCACAACUUUUAGUUAAUUUAUCUGAUAGUGUUAUUGGGUAAUUAUAUUGAUAAUUUAUGAUGGAUUUGAUUUGCUAGAAAUUUAUAAAUUAAACAUUGUAUUAUUAUUUUUUUGUUCAUAUUGAAAUUAUUAUUUUGUGGCUGUAUUUUAUAUAAUAAUAUAUAUGCAAUUUUGUAUAUUAAUUAGCGAUAUAUUUUUUUACUGUUAUACAUAAUUAUCAUGUAAUAAGGUUAUGGAUAUAUUGAUGUUAAAAUAAUGAAUACAAUGUUAUAGAUGUUAAUAUAUCUGACGUAUAUGUAAUAGAAAUGAUAAUAAUGAGUUUUAAAUAUCAAUUUUCUAAUAUUUUAGAUAAAAUUGAAUAAGCUAUAAUUAACAAUUUUUUAACCAUAUGUUUGCAUUUGUGAAAUUACCAUUCCUGGUUAAUUUUUUUAGUUAAAUCUUGUUGUAUAGAACGAUAAGUUGUAUAUAGAAAUUUAGAUGCAAUUUGUUUGUCAAAAUUUUUCAUAUAUUGUGAUAUAUGAGACGAGUUAACAGUUUUUUUUAUGCUAGAAUCGUAUAAUUCGUUAACAUAGUCAAUCCAUUCUUUGUGUGUAAAGGUUUUAGACGAUCCUAUUAUUUCUGGUUUCAGUUGGCCUCCUCCAUUGAUGCAACCAGAUGGGCAUGCCAUAACUUCUACAAAAUCAUAUCCUGUUUCUUGUGAUAUUCUAUUUUUUUUAGUUUUUAAUUUUCGUAUAAGAUUUUGAAUAUUUCUAUAUAUAUAUAUUAAAAUAAUAUAUAAUUUGUAUUGGUUUUGUUUACCUAAAACCAUAACAUGUUGCCAUUCGAAGAACUGUGUCAUUUGGUCCUUUAAGAACAUAUUCUCUCAUAUCGUUAUUGCGUAUUAUAUUCAUUGUUAUAUUAUGUUCAAUAUUAGCAUUUGUAUCAUCUAUAUUAAAUAGUUCUCGAGUGGAAAAUGAAAGAAUAUGAGCUAAAUAUCCUCCAGAUGAUGAGCCUGGGUGUUCUAUUAUAUCUGAAUCUAUGUAAUGUGAGAAUAAUGAGUCGUGUGAUGCUUCAGGUAUUUGUCGCAAAUCUAAUGAACGUUCUUUUAACAAUUCUAUUACUUCAGUAGUUGUAAUAACACAAUCUACAUCUCUAACUCCAUUUUCUGAAAAUUCGUCUCUACUUGCUUCUAAUUUUUUGUCAAAACAUGGCAUUAUCGAUACAUAAUAAAUAUAUUGACGGUGUUUUCCUGAACUUUUUUCUAAUUUUGACUUAACGAUGGAGCCCAUAAUUUGUUGUGGUGAUUUUACAUGAGAUAUAUAUGGUAAAAUCUCUGUAUGUGUUUUUUCAGCAUAACAUAUCCAGCCUGGGCACGCUGAUGUUAAUAAAGGUAGUUGAUUCUCUGUUCCAUUUUUUUUUGCUUUAUAUCGGCGAAUAAAUUCAUUAGAUAGUUCGUUUAAUGCUAAUUCUCUUCCAAAAUUUGUAUCUAUAAAGUGAGAAAAUGGUAAUAUUUUCGUAAAAAAAUAUGCUAAACGAGCAUGAGUUGAUUUUAUAGAAAGAUUAAAUGCUGCUGCAAUUGAUGCUCGUGAUUGAG